CAAACAGCGGCAGACGUGACUUUUCUGUCCUUGGAUAAAAGUCCACAUACACAGUCAAUGCCAUGUUGUUGCGCCCUGUGAAUAGUUUGGUAAGCUAACAUUAGCAACCAGCUCGAUAGCAACUUCCGUUUCAUUCCUAUGCCCAAAUGCACCGAGAAAAGGAAACUCAGCGUUUGAUCGCAGAGCCUGUCCCAGGCAUCAUGGCAGAGCCAGAUGAAGGCAACGCCCGCUACUUCCAUGUGGUCAUUGCUGGGCCUCAGGACUCACCUUUUGAGGGAGGCACAUUUAAGCUAGAACUCUUUUUACCAGAGGAAUAUCCCAUGGCAGCUCCUAAAGUACGUUUCAUGACCAAAAUAUAUCAUCCCAAUGUGGACAAGCUGGGAAGAAUAUGUCUAGACAUUUUGAAAGAUAAAUGGUCACCAGCUCUGCAAAUCCGUACAGUGCUGCUAUCAAUCCAGGCUUUACUGAGUGCACCCAACCCUGACGAUCCCCUAGCAAACGAUGUUGCAGAGAAGUGGAAGUCCAGUGAAGCUGAAGCUAUAGAAACAGCCAAGUCAUGGACCAGGCUUUAUGCUGGAAACAAAAAUGAAGUAUAGAGCCACCUAACACACGGAGACACAAAUGGAAGUCUAGUGUGGACACAACACCUCGUGUUCUGCCAGGACUUCUUGCUGCUUCAUUUGCACUU